AAGAAUGACGUUUCACAUGAAUACUUUGCUGCUGUUGAAAACUUUUGGAGAUUUAGAUGAAUAUGAAUUUUAAGAUGAAUACGUUGGCGAUUUUUGUUGUUUCUCUAGUUAUUUUAGGAUUAUGCUCAGCCGAUGAUGAAAAAACAACCAGAAAUGAAGAAAUCGCUUUAUCGUUUUACAAGUGCGUGGCAUGUGGAGGGGACAAAGUCCUCAAAGCGUAUGAGAAAUGCAGGGAUCUUAAAUCUGGAAAUACAAAGAACAUUACUGAAGAAUGCGUGGCAAAAGAACUUCCAGAAGAGGUAAUAGAAGGUGAUAAGCGCUGGAAAUAUUACUGCGAAAACCCAGCAAUGAUCAGCAAAGUCUAUGAGUGCUUUUAUGAUUACUACAAGACAUUGACUGAUGAAGAUAAAGCUUCUAUCCUAAAGUUCCAGGAAUGUGCUAACGAUGUAAAGGCAAAAUACUGCAAAUAAUAGGAAAAGGCUGGUGUAAGAAUUGAUUCGUACCUUAUUUAGCCAAACAAAAUAUUCAACAUAUUAGUAAACUCAUAAAAUUAUGUAACGUAUUAUUAAUAAAAAAAUGCAUCAGACAAUA